CCCCCCGCCAUGUCACGGGGGUACUUCCAGCACGGCGGCGUCACCUUCCCGGGAAUCCUGUACUCCCCCCGGGGGCUGGAGGCCGCCCGCGACUUCCCGGUGGAGGACGAUGACGUCUUCAACGUCACCUACCAAAAAUCGGGCACGGUGUGGAUGCUGGAGAUCCUGAGCCUGAUCCGCAGCGACGGGGACCCGCGCUGGUGCCGCUCGGUGCCCAACUGGGACCGGGGUCCCUGGCUGGAGACGGUGCUGGGGCUGCGGCGGGCGCGGGGAAACCCCCGGCCCCGGCUCAUCAGCUCCCACCUCCCCAUCCAGCUCUUCCCCAAGGCUUUCUUCACCUCCAAGGCCAAGGUCAUCUACACGGUGAGGAACCCCAAAGACGUCCUGGUUUCCCUCUAUCAUUUUUCCCGCAUUUUCCGGCCCUAUAAGGAUCCCGGGAGCCUGGAGCAGUUUCUGGAGAAGUUCCUGGAGGGAGACGUGCCCUUCGGUUCCUGGUUCGAGCACGUCCGGGGGUGGCUGCAGCUGCGCGGCCGCGAGAACUUCUUCUGCAUCAGCUACGAGGAGCUGCAGCAGGACCUGCGCGGCAGCGUGGAGCGUCUCUGCGCCUUCCUGGGGCGGGGGCUGAGCGCCGGGGCGCUGGACGCCGUGGUGGCCAACGCUUCCUUCGCCGCCAUGAGCCGCAACCGCAUGAGCAACUUCAGCCUCUCCCCCCUCUUCAUCCUCGACCUGCGGCGUGGCCCCUUCCUGCGCAAGGGGAUCUCCGGGGACUGGAAGAACCACCUGACGCCGGAGCAGAGCGCCCACUUCGACCCGGGUUCUACCGGGGAGCGCAUGGCCGGGCUGGGGGUCACCUUCCCCCUGGGACCCCCCCCCCUGCAGCCUGCCCCCAGCCCCCUGCCCGGGACCCCCCCAGGACCCUCCUGAGGAGGAGACCCCCCCUGGGACCCCCCAGGACCCCCCUGAGGAGGAGACACCCACCACGUCCUCCCAG